AUUGUCAUUGAAACUGUGACAGCAGUGAAAUCUGAAAAUUGGUCUGGGCAGGAAUGUGUCCUGUAUUGAAGAGGGGUAUGGGCAGGGGCGGACUGACAACUCAUGGGGCCCCCGGGCAAUAGGGGAUCAUGGGGCCCCUGUGUCCUUGCCCAAACUCAAAAAAGCCUAUGAAAAAGGUACCAGGGGCAUCUCAUGGGGGCCCCCCCCUACUGACCCCGGGCCCUCGGGAAGUGCCCGAGUUUCCAAAUGGUCAGUCCACCCUUGGGUAUAGGAAAAGGAGGUGUGUG